AUGGUUAACCAAGAGGAAUUAGAAGAAAGGCUGAAGAAGCUGCUGGUGAGGCUGAAAACCCCACAGGAAGACAGACAACUGUGCACGCUGAUCCAAAUCAUCCAGGACCUGCUUUUCCUGGCUCACGCAGACUGUGCAGCUGAACUGUUUGAGGACAAAGAUGUCCACAGCCCCCUCAUGGUGGUGCUCUCAUCCUACAUCAGCAGCAGAGGAGUCCAGCAGGUGGGUUGGUCGCUGCUGUGUCGGCUGAUUGAAAUAUGCCCCGGUACGCUCGACCAGCUGGCCAAACCUCUGAAAGACGCGAAGGACUGGGAAGUACUGGGAGUGCACCAGCAGAUCCUGAAGGUAUUGUCUCAGUUCAGGACUGACUGCAGAGUGACCAUGGUUGGACUCCGAGCCCUGGCUCUCCUGCUAAGAUCAGACAAUGUUCCUCUGCUGGUGCUGGAGGAGGAGGAGGAUGUGUUUGGCCUGGUGGUGCAGGCGAUGAAGACAUUCCCCACCAGUGAAGAAGUGCAGUUCCAAGGCUGUGGCGCUCUGCAGUUACUCCUGGAGACAGUGAGCGAUGACCACCUCGUAGAGUUUGUGGAGAACCAGGACCAUGCUGUGGUUCUCACGGCUCUCCAGAGUUUCCCGGACAGUCCGGAUCUGCUCCUGCAAGCCAUGAAAGUGCUGCUUCCACUGGCUUGCCCUGGCAGUAACGUGGAGAUUUUGAUGUCGGGAGGCGCUCGGUGCUACAGCGUACUCAUCACAGCCAUGGACGCCUUCCCGGAGGUGGAGGAGCUGCAGGAAACGGCCUGCUGCCUGUUCAAGAGGUUUACAUCAGAGGUCAGUAUGAAUGAGGGUGCGCUCGUUUUGUGUCAUCAUGCAGAGAGCUACUACAACAUCCUGGUGUUGAACGGCGUCCAGAGGGUUGCGGUCAGGGCCUGUCAGACAUUCCCCGACAACGCCACGCUGCAAGCUGCCGCUCUGUCCUGCCUGGCUGACCUCACUGCAACCAUAGUGCAGAACAAAGCAGUGGCCGAGCAGGGUCUGGAAGAAGGAGAGGCGGAGGAGAAUAGGGGUAAAGAGGAAGUGGAGGACAUGGGCCUCGGCUGGAUGGAGAUUUGCUGUAUAGCACUGGAGCUCCACGCUGCUGAGCCAGCAGUUCAGGAAGCUGCAAGCUGGGCCAUUCACAAUCUGUUACUGCACGGAGCUGGAGUGAACCACUCAGAGGAGGAGCAAGAUGAGAGGACUCCUGUUCACAGACAGUUAAUGGCGGCCAUGCUGCUCCACUCCUCCUCUCCCAGUGUGUUUAAAGCUGCUACCUGUGCCAUCGCCACACUCAUCACACACAAUGGUAAGAUGCGUUCCCUGCUGCUGUCCAGUGGCCUCCACGUCAACAUAGUGGAGAUGAUGAAGAGACAUUCGACUUCAGAAGAGGUUUCCAUCAGCGCCUGCAAACUGCUGGGCCUCCUCUUCCAGGGAAGGACGGCCAGUCUGGAUGAGCUGACCAUGGCCAUGAGCCAGAUCCUCAUCUCCAUGAAGGUCCACAACUUCCAGUCGGAGGUGCAGCUGGAGGCUUUGCAGGCCAGCCUGGUCUUCCUCUGCCCAGACAGGAGCUUACGGGAGCAUGGCGUCUCAGUGGCAGACCCCGACAUGGCCGACGUGUCCCUGAAAGUCCUGAAGAACCAGUGUGUGGUGGAGGGGGCUCAUACCCUCUACCUGGAGGUUCUCAACAGGUUCAUCAGCAGCUCAACCAUCCAGAAGUGUGGUUUGAGGGUGCUGUCUGUUCUGGCUGACUGCUCCGGUGCAGUGGACCUGCUCUGCCAGCAGGGGGCGAUAGACACAGUCCUGCAUACACUACAGAUGUUCCCACAGGAACGAGAGAUACACUAUUGGGGUCUGACCCUACUUAACUACCUCGUAUCCAAGAAGAAACUGUCGCGGAUGAUCGUACCUGUUCUGGCCUCCGUUUUAGUCACUUCACUCAUCCAGUACAGAGAAGACUCUGAGAUGCUUCUGAAGUGUUUUCAGGUGUCGUUGAGGAUGCUUGACGCCUGUUCAGGAGCAGCUGCUGAACUGCAGAGAGAAGACUUUGACAGGCAGAUCUUCCAGCACCUCAAAGAGGACACUCCCGACCACAGCAACAACCAGCUGCGGAAGUCGGUGUGCUUGGCUCUGUCUAAAAUGUGGUGCAACCACGAGCUACACUACAGCAUGCUGGAAAAAGCCUGCAAGGACGGAGACACGACGAUGGCCGAGUGUCUGAUUGAGCUCGGCGCUGAUAUCAACAGGAAGACACAAAAAAACUCUCUCAUCUAUCAGGUCUGUGAGAAAGGAGGACCACUAGAACUGGUGGAGCUGCUGCUGAGCAAAGGUGCCCACGAGCAGCACCUCCGCAGGGCUCUGGCUGUGAGCGUGAAGCGAGGUGACGGACCUGCUGUCAUUCAGCUGCUGGGCCGUCUUGGUCUGGACCUCAAUAACAGCGCCCUCUGUCUGGGGGGCUUCCGACUGGGGCGUCUUGAAGCUACUUGGCUCAGCCCCCUGCUGGCUGAAAGAAGCAGAACAUUCAGUCUCCGUUACAACAACAGUAGAGGUAUGAAUCUGGCAAAGUACAUUCAGUCUUUCCAGAGGCCUAAAAGCACCGGUGGUCCGCCCAGGUCUCUAGGUGACCCGUGUUUGACCUCUGGCUACAUUUCUGACGAGAGCGACGACUCCAGCUUCAGCUUCGUCUCCAUGGACGACAGCAUGUUCCUCAACGACGACAUGGAGAGUGACGGGAGUGAUUCACUGACAGGAGCUCUGUCUCCGAAGCCUCAUAAUAACUCCUCAGAGGAGCUGAGGGGAAGCUCCUUCAAAAGGAAGGGACGUCGCAGACAUGCCAGUGCAGAGAGCGGUCAAACUGAGAAUGAACACACUGAGCCUGUACACAAGAGAUAUGGAAGGACUGGCUCCAAUCAAAAACUUCUGGUAACUGGUGAGAACUCUGCUGCUCUCCCCAAAGAGAGAGAGAGGAUCCGGUUGCUGGACCUGUCAGGAAAUGAACUGGACUCUCUCUCCUGUCUGAUGGAUGACAUUUUUGUCCAGCAGCAGCUGGGGCAUCUCUUCCGCCUAGACCUGAGCCACAACAGCCUUCUGGAGUUUCCCUCUGCACUGUGUCAGAAUUUGAAGAGUCUGACACGACUGGACCUGCAGGGAAACCAGCUGCAGUCGCUGCCUGUGGAGCUGCUGGCUCUUCCCUCGCUGAGCAUGCUGAACGUCUCUCGCAACUGCGUGGGCCCGCUGCUGACCUUCGACCCCGCUGUCACCUGCCCUUCACUGCGGCAGCUAAACCUGUCUUUUAACAAAAUCACCACAUUCCCCCACGAGCUGGGCCGGGCCAUGGAUCAGCUGGAGGAGCUGUUUAUGGAAGGUAACAGUAUAACUGAGCUCUGCACCCCUCUGUGUCUGCCGGAGAUCAAGCUGCUUGAUGUGAGCAAGAACAACAUUGAGAACAUUUCUCCAGACCUCCUGACCGGCUGCCCCAAACUGGAAACCUUCAAUGCAUCCACGAAUAAAAUCUGCUCCCUGUCACAUCUGCCAACCAAGAUCACAACAGUUAAACUAGCCAACAACAACUUCACUUACGUUCCAGAGGCGAUACUUGAUCUCCCAAACUUACGAUCAGUGGAUAUGAGAACCAACAGCAUCGCGGUUCUGCCUGUGCCGGCUUUCUGGGCGUCCAGCAACCUGAGAGAGCUGAUGUUCAGUCAGAACUGUAUCAACACUCUGGAUCUGAGUGGAUCAAUCUACAAAUGGGCCAGACUAGAGAAACUCCACCUGAGUGGCAACAAACUCACUGAGAUCCCUCCUCAGAUCGGUCUGUUGGAAGGCCUGACAUCUCUGGAUGUGAGUCGUAAUUCUGGCCUGCGCUCCUUCCCCGAUGAGAUGGGGAAGCUGAGCAGGCUAUGGGACCUGCCACUGGACGGCCUUCGACUCCAGCUGGACCUCAAACUGAUUGGCAGCAAGACUAAAGACAUUGUCAGGUUCCUGCAGCAGAGGCUGAAGAAAGCAGUGCCGUACUACCGGAUGAAGCUCAUCGUGGUAGGGAAUGCUGGCAGCGGGAAGACCACCCUGAUCCAACAGCUGAUGAAACUGAAGCGCUCCCAGCUGAGCUCCAAGCAGACCGCUGUUGGGAUUGACGUGCGGGAUUGGACCAUCAGGGAACGGGACAAGAAGAAAAUGGUGCUGAACGUCUGGGACUUCUCAGGUGGAGAGGAGUUCAGUGGCUCUCACCCUCACUUCCUGACUUCCAGAGCUCUCUACCUGGUGGUUUACAACCUGAGUAAAGGAGCCUGUCAGGUGGACGCCCUCAAACCCUGGCUCUUCAACAUCAAAGCAGUAGCUCCGCUCUCCCCGGUCAUCCUGGUGGGAACCCACACAGAUGUGAGCGAGGACGUGCAGCUGCAGGCCUGUAUGACUAAGAUCAGAGAGGAGCUGUUGAACCACCAGGGCUUCCCGGCCAUCAGGGACUACCACAUGGUCUCUGUCCUCGAAGACUCGGACGCCAUGACCAAGCUCCGCAAGGCCAUCGCCAGGGAGGUCACCAGCUUCAAGAUCCAGGGCCAGCCUGUGAUGGGUCAGCUGGUUCCAGAUAGCUAUGUGGAGCUGGAGCGCCGGGUUCUCCAGGAGAGGACCAGAGUUCCUCCAGAGUUCCCCGUCCUCAGGCACCAUGAGCUGCUGCAGCUCAUCCAGGAGAGUCAGCUGCAGCUGGAUGAAGCUGAGCUGCCCCACGCCAUCCACUUCCUCAGUGAAGCCGGAGUUUUACUGCACUUUGAUGAUCCUGCACUUCAGCUCCAGGAGCUGUACUUCAUCGACCCACAGUGGCUGUGCAACAUCAUCUCUCAGAAACUGACAUUAAAGAGCGGUGGCUUCUGGGAGCAUCCUAAGGGAGUCGUUCAGCGCUCAGUGGUGGAAAAGUUCCUGUUUGAGACCAAAUGUUUCCCCAAGAGUCACCUGACGCAGUUCUUUAAACUGCUGGAGAAGUUUCAGAUCGCUCUACCCUUUGGCGAGGACCAGCUGCUCGUACCCAGCAGUUUGCCCAAACACAGACCAAUAAUAGAGCUUCCUCACUGUGAGAACUCAGAGGUGAUUGUGCGUCUGUACGAGAUGCCCUACUUCCCCAUGGAUUACUGGUCUCGCCAGAUCAGCCGCCUCUUGGAGGUCUCUUCUUAUUUGCUCUAUGGACGAGAGAAAGUUGUUCGACCAAACCGGAUCUAUUGGAGGAGAGGUGUGUACCUGAGCUGGUCUCCUGAGGCCUACUGUCUGGUGGAGUCUGCCACAAUGGACGAGAGCCCUUCUUGCUUCGUCAGGAUAACUGUGCCUUCUUCAAGAAAAGGCCGGGUGUUGCUGGGUCAGGUGGUGGAUCACAUCGACUCCCUGCUGGAGGAAUGGUUUCCCGGCCUUCUUAACACCGACAUGCACGGCAGUGGAGAAGCCCUGCUGAAGAAGUGGGCUUAUUACAGCUUUGAGGAUGGCCAGGAGAGGAAAAAGAUGUUGUUGGAGGACCUCUUUACUCAUUUUGACGACGACUUUCUGCUGAAGAACCCAGAGGACGAUCGCUCCACUCUUCCUAUCAGUCAGAUCGCUCCUGACCUGGUACUGAGUGACCAGCCUGGAGGAACAAUACUGGACAGUGAGGAGCUGGAGGUGGAUCUAUCUUUAGAGAACCAACUGGGGGGCGGUGGCUUUGGAACUGUCUAUCGAGGCAUCUACAAAAAUGAAGAGGUGGCUGUGAAGAUAUUCAACAAGCAUGCGUCUGAGCUUUACAUCUACAGGCUCCUUAGACAGGAGCUGGCGGUGUUGGGUCGUCUCCGUCACCCCAGCCUGGUUGGUCUGCUGGCAGCCGGCUCAGCUCCACAGGUCCUGGUUAUGGAGCUGGCUAUGCGAGGCUCCCUGGACUCUCUCUUCGAGCACGAGAACGGCAGCCUCAACAGGAAGCUCCAACACAGGAUCGCCCUGCAUGUGGCUGAGGGACUCAGGUACCUUCACUCAGCCAUGAUCAUCUACCGCGAUCUGAAGCCCCACAACGUCCUCCUGUUCAACCUGAAGACCGACUCCGAGAUCAUCGCCAAGAUCACGGACUACGGCAUCGCUCAGUACUGCUGCAGCAUGGGAGUGAGGAGCUCCGAGGGCACGCCAGGUUUCCGGGCACCAGAGGUUGCCCGCGGUAAUGUGAUCUACAACCAGCAGGCCGAUGUGUUUUCCUUUGGUUUGCUUCUCUACGACCUCCUGACCUGCGGCGAGCGCAUCUGUGACGGCAUGAAGUUCCCCAGUGAGUUUGAUGAGGUCGCCGUGCAGGGAAAGCUGCCAGACCCAGUAAAACACUACGGCUGCUCACCUUGGCCUGGCUUCCAAGCGCUGAUGAAAGACUGUCUGAGAGAAAGACCUCAGGAUCGACCCACCUCUGCUCAGGUGUUUGACAGGCUGAAUUCAGGAGAGAUGUUGUGUCUGAUGAGGGAGCUGGUGGUUCCCAGAGCGGUCAACGCUGACUGCUUCACAGUGAGCUCCUGUAGCGGCGACGGCCCCUCAUCCAGUCACAAAGCCUGGCUGGGAGGGGGCAGCAACAGCCAGAGGACGGGCUCCGUCACAGCUGUGGACCUGGACACCAACGUGGUCACUACACAGGAGAUAGACACCAGUCCCGUCCUGUGUCUUCUGACCGUCCAAAUCCCGAACGACACGCAUGAUUGGCUGGUGGCAGGCACCCAGUCUGGCUCCUUAGUGGUGAUGAGCACUCUGGACAAGUCGACUUCGCACCACCUGCAGAGUGUCACGGAUGCUGUCACCUCGCUGUACUUCCAUGUACAUGCUCGCCGCACCCAAAGAAAGAAUUAUUUGCUGGUGGGAACAGCAGAUGGGAUUCUCACUAUUUAUGAAGACUCUGUACUGAAGCUGGAGAACGGACAGCCGGUCAAAACUCUCACCGUGGGCAACGUCAACACGCCCGUCAUGUUUCUGGGCCAGUCCAUGCACUCGCUCGACAGCAGGUCUCUGUGGGCCGGCUGCGGGACCAAGAUCCUCUCCUUUUCGGCCGACUACGAAGUCAGCAAGUCCAUGGACACGAGACCCAACCUCAUCUUCCAGCAGCAGCGCUCGCUCAGCGGGGAGGCGUGUGUGUCUCGUAUGGUUGUGGAUCAAUACGUGUACCUGAGCAAAGUCGGGGCAGCGACCGUCGAGGUUUGGGACAAGAGGAGUGAGAGGAUGGUGGACUGCAUCGACUGUGCUCAGAUAAUCAGAGGCAGGCAGGGCAGUGAGGUGGAGCUGCCCACCGAAGCGGCUCCCUCCUGGGCUCGGGUGAAGGCCCUGCUGGUGCAGAGCGCUGCCACUCUCUGGAUCGGCACUAGAGGGGGCCACCUGCUCCUGCUGGAGCUCUCCAAACACCAGACGCUGCAGGUCAUCGCCCCUCGCUGCGACUCCAUCCGCUGCAUCGCUUCUGCACUUAUAGAAACACUAAACUGGAAGAAUGUGGUGCUGGUUUUGGGCAGACGACUCCCACAAGACAGGAAUCAGUUAGAUGAGGAUUCGGUGCUGAUGGUGUGGAACAGCACGCUGCCGAUGGAGGUCAAAGACCUGAAUAAACACUGCGAAAAGAGAGAGCAGAUCACGGCCCAAAUGAGAGAGCAGAUCCAUCAAGACUGAGCCUGCAGAAUUUACAUCGAAAAGGGAUCAACUCUCCAGAGCAUCAUCAUCAUGUCCGCAGAACAUAUCGAAGGGGACGUUUUACCUCAUUUUCUGACAGCCAUACUUUUUAAUUUCACCCACCCUGGGAGACCAAGAACUGAAGGGGAGAGCAAGUCACAAUGAAAUGAUAAACUUCAAGAAAUCG